AUAUUAAAAAGGAGUAUUGUAUCUAUAGACCAGUGACAAUAUAGUAUAUAUAUAGUCAAGUGUGGCAACCGCCAAUCUGACUAACUACAGCAACAAGAAUUCCAAUCGUGAAAGAUGGCUGCGGAAAAAGCUCUCACUAAUAUUCAUUAGUAUAAAUACUCAUUUCCUUCACUUCCAUUUCCAUCAUCACUUGCUCAAUUCUCUAGCACAAAGAGAAAAAACAUAAAAACAAAAGAAAGGAAAGGAAAUUUUCUCUGCUUUUCCACAAGCUAAGAGUUAAAAUGGGCCCAGCUGCUGCAGUUAUGAGUAACAAUGAAGAGGAGGAGAUUGUUCGCCCCGUUGCUGACUUCUCUCCAAGUCUUUGGGGUGAUCGUUUCGAUUCUUUCUCCCUUGAUAAUCAGGUUGCUGAAAAGUAUGCUCAAGUGAUUGAAACAUUGAAGGAAAAAGCAAGGAGUAUGUUGAUGUCGGCUUCUGGAGGAAAAUCAUUGGCUGAAAAGUUGAAUCUGAUUGACAUUGUUGAACGCCUUGGAAUUGCCUAUCACUUUGAGAAACAAAUAGACGACAUGUUGGACCAGAUUUACAAUGCUGAUCCUAAUUUUGAGGCUCAUGAAUACAAUGAUUUAUACAUAUUGUCGCUUCAAUUUCGACUGCUAAGGCAACAUGGCUACAACAUCUCUCCAAAAAUGUUCAGCAGAUUCCACAAUGAAAACGGCAAAUUCAAGGAAUCUCUUAGCAACAACUUCAAGGGUCUAUUGAACUUAUACGAAGCUUCACAUGUAAGAACUCAUGGAGAGGAUAUCUUGGAAGAGGCACUUGCCUUUUCCACUGCUCAUCUUGAAUCCACAGCUCCACAUUUGAAGUCACCUCUGAGUAAGCAAGUGACGCAUGCCCUUGAGCAAUCUCUCCAUAAGAGCAUCCCAAGAGUCGAAACGUGCUACUUCAUCUCUAUCUACGAAGAGGAUGAAUCGAAGAAUGAUGUGUUGCUACGAUUUGCCAAAUUGGAUUUUAACUUACUUCAGAUGUUGCACAAACAAGAACUCAGUGAAGUAUCAAGGUGGUGGAAAGAUUUGGAUUUUGUGACAACACUUCCAUAUGCUAGGGACAGAGCAGUCGAGUGCUACUUUUGGACGAUGGGAGUUUAUGCUGAACCUCAAUACUCUCAGGCUCGUGUCAUGCUUGCUAAGACUAUAGCAAUGAUUUCAAUAGUAGAUGACACAUUCGAUGCUUAUGGCAUUGUUAAAGAACUUGAGGUCUACACCGAUGCCAUACAGAGGUGGGAUAUUAGCCAAAUUGAUCGCCUUCCUGAUUACAUGAAAAUCAGUUACAAAGCACUUUUAGAUCUCUACAACGAUUAUGAAACAGAGUUGUCAAAGGAUGGCAGAUCUGAUGUUGUUCACUACGCAAAAGAAAGAAUGAAAGAAAUUGUGAGAAACUACUUUGUGGAAGCAAGAUGGUUCAUUGAAGGAUAUAUGCCGCCCGUUUCCGAGUAUCUAAACAAUGCACUAGCUACUAGCACUUAUUACUUGCUUACUACUACAUCCUACUUGGGCAUGAAGUGUGCUAACAAGGAAGAUUUUGAAUGGUUGGCCAAGAACCCUAAAAUUCUUGAAGCCAAUGUGACCUUAUGCCGAGUUAUUGAUGACAUAGCCACGUAUGAGGUUGAGAAGGGUAGAGGUCAAAUUGCAACUGGAAUUGAAUGCUACAUGAGGGAUUAUGGCGUAUCAACAGAAGAGGCAAUGGAAAAGUUUCAAGAAAUGGCUGAGAUAGCAUGGAAGGAUGUAAAUGAAGGAAUCCUUCGACCAACUCCUGUCUCUACAAAGAUUCUCACUCGUAUUCUCAAUCUUGCUCGCAUUAUUGAUGUCACUUAUAAGCACAAUCAAGAUGGAUACACUCAUCCGGAAAAAGUACUAAAGCCUCACAUUAUCGCCUUGUUGAUGGACUCUAUUGAUAUUUGAAUCAUCAAUUGUUAUGCAUAUCUCGGAGCACUUGGUUCCCGGCCCCAAAAAUAUGCACUUGAUGGAUGCCUACGAAGAGCUGCUGGCGAGACAUGUUGUGAUCGUGCAGUGAAGUUACCUCCUUAAAAAAGAUGUAUCAUUAUUGAAAUUUGAAAUAUAUUAACACUUCUUAUAGACUAUAUAAAACUAUUCUGGAGAUAAUGUGAAGGAUACCCUUCAGCGGCUGCAACAGAUCCUGAUUAACCACAAGAAAAUGAGCAGCCAAAUUAUAAUGAGAGU